AAAAGAUAUAUAAUGUACUUGUUUGAUUGAAAUGCUGAUUACGAGUUGAAGCAAAGGUUAGAAUGAGGAGCAUUCUUAACAUUUUGAAAAUCUUUGUCGCUUUUUUUCAUGACUAUGCACGAGGAUUAUCAUAUACCAUUAUUACGAUUUUGGUUCUGGGUUACUGUUUAGACCCGGCGCGAUUUGCUUCACAUUACACUUUUAUAAAAACAGAAGAUAUUUACGAUGAAAUGGAAAGAUCUUAUCCUGCGAAGGAUAAUUCAUGCACGAUCAUGAUAAAUCCCCGUAAACCAUUUCAAUUAUUUUAUCCCGAGGAACAUCCUCGAGAAGAUCCCGUAGCAAUGGCGCGGCGUUUAGGUAUAUUACCUGGAGGACAAUGGAAACCUUUAAACUGCCAUCCUCUUUUCAAUGUUGCCAUUAUUUUACCAUAUAGAAAUCGUCAAACACAACUUACUGUCUUCAUGAAUUAUAUUCAUCCCUUCCUACAAGCUCAAAAUCUUGAUUAUAGAAUAUUUGUGAUAGAACAAAGUCCAAUGCGUGAGUUUAAUCGUGCUAAACUUUUCAAUGUUGGAUAUGCAGAGGCAACCAAAGUGAAUGAUUUUCACUGUUUCAUCUUUCAAGACAUAGAUUUAAUACCUCAAAACCCUGCCAAUAUAUAUGCCUGUACUAAAAUGCCAAGACAUAUGAGUUCAAGUGUAAAUACAUUCCGUUACAAUUUACCAUAUAAUGGUUUAUUUGGAGGAGCAAUUGCAUUAACACGUAAACAAUUUGAAAGAGUUAAUGGAUUUUCUAAUGUUUUCUAUGGAUGGGGUGGAGAAGAUGAUGAUUUUUAUAGUCGUUUACAAUCAAGAGGUUUUCAAGUUACGCGUUUUGGACCUGAUAUUGCUCAGUAUUAUAUGUUAACACACAAGAAAGAAUCUCCAAGCAAUGCUAGAUUUAAAAAUCUUGAGAACAGUGCUAAAAGGUAUGACACUGAUGGAAUUAGUAAUUUAAAAUACAGAGUUUUGAAUCAUCAAUUAAGGCCAUUAUACUCUUGGAUUUUAGCAGAUGUUUAA